AUGAUCUUCUCCGUCAACAACUUCCCAUUUAAGAUCAACCCUGUUCGCAAAAGAUUUAGAUUAAUCUUCAUCCCCAUAACAAUAUGGUUAUUAACCAUUACAUAUUUUAUACUGAAAGGAGGAUAUAUUCAUCUUCUUCCUAAUUCGCAGCAACCAGUACACGACAUUCAACGACAAAAUGCAUUUACCACAAACCCUGAAGGUGUAGCUGUUACAGAUUAUACUACGGAUCCUGUAUAUUUAAAGCUAUCUACGGAAUAUAAUGAUUUACGAGAAAUAGAUGAAAUAACUUCUGGGGUAUAUGAACAAAUAUUUAAUCAUCAUUCAAUAAGCUCAGUAUUAGGCAACUUAGAUUUUCAUGAGCGUUGCCAGUUAUUUUUCAAAAAUUUAUUAAUUAAUGAUACAAAUUGGUAUUAUGAUAUUCAUAGAAACUGGAGAGUGAAUUAUGAUACUGAUAAAUUUCGAGAUUUUAAACAAGCUAGACUUGAAGAAUUGAGAAACCAACAGGAAGAAGAGACCGAAGCAGUUGAAGAAAAACAGAAGGAUGAGAUAGAAGAGAAAAUAAAGAAAGAAUACAAGGGGAUAUGGAAUAAGCAAGUGGAACGUACUUUCACAAAUUGGGUUUCCGUAUUCCGUAUAUUUAAUAAAUGUUACGUCACAGACAAUAAUAAUACUCAAACUGCGCUGGUCAAGCGUCAUAUCAGUCAUCAAAAGAAGGUAUUAAACCUGGCAGGUAGUACUGGUAAUUUCGCAUCCACAGAAAGCGAGGAUAGAACUAAUGUUGGAGAUGAUGGAAGUUUAUUUGAACAUAGAGUAUAUCCUUGGUUAUCAUUUGAUUACCCUGUAUAUGAGCAUUGGACAGGAAGUAAAUUCUAUCAACCACCAAACAUGAAAACCCUCAACAAACAAGAGAAAGCUAAAAGAUCCCGUGAGUCAUUCUUAAAAGAGUUUAAGGAAGCCACUAAUGGAAGAGGAAUAGUGUUAACAAUCCCUGAAUCUGACGUAGAUACUACCGUUAAUUUAAUCCACUUAUUACGAGCUU